AUGACAUAUAAUCAAAAUGCCUCGCUGUCUCGAUUCGAAGAAAAUUCCAGAUACAAAAUCAAAAUGCUAGUAAAUUGUUCCGUCCUAGGUACUGUAACUAUUUUCUCAAUCCCUUUAAGCGACAAAAUUACUAUUAAAAAUGAUGAGUACAUCACAAAAUCGUUAACUUUUGAUAUCCUCAAGAAGUACAUCUGGGAACGGGAGAAUAAUAUUCUUAAAUACCUUACUAAUGACGCUUCCAAACUGGAUCUUUGGCGUGUUGAUGUCGAAGAAGUUGUUGAUGUUUUAACUGAAGACGAUAUUAUACAGAAACUUGGAGGAAAAAAAAUGAGUCCUCAUUUUCUGUUUAGAAACCAUUUUAAUGAUCAACUUUCGGAGGGGAAAAUCCACAUCAUUAUACAACCGCUACCACCCACCACUGAAAUCCCUACUAAGAGACGUCGCAUAGAUAACUGGGUAGAGUAUACUGCUAAAGAUGGACUUGUGGACUUGCCACCUAUUUUAUCCACAAUGCUUGCAUGUGAAAAGUUCAGACCUGCACCUCGCAACGAAUUUGAGAAAUUAUUGAAAGAUUUACAAAUUGGCCAAAAUAUUAUGCUACCUUCACUUGGUCAAGAGCCCAAAAAUUAUGGAGAAGACUAUCAGGGCAGGUCAUUCCUAAUAACGGAGCAAAUGAUAGAAAUAUGGAAUAUGCUCGCAAGUGACAGCGAUAGAUCAAUCAAAAGGGUCUUAUCUGGUCCCGUGGGUGUUGGCAAGUCAUAUCUUGCAUUAUUCCUUGCUGCAAAAGCAUUUGCCGAAGGAUGGCUUUUACUUUAUGUUUCAGAUGCAAACGAAUUAGUAAAACCGGAUGAUGCUAAGAUAGCAAAAGAAAUCUGUAUGCGCUUUUUAGCUCUAAAUAGAGAUAUUUUAACUAAGAAUCAUUUUUAUCAAAUGAUGUCUCUAUUAAGCCGUUCUGAGGAAAAUGAAGAAAAGGUGUAUCAGACAGUGGCUUCAAACAUAAUGGAUGAUUUACUCAAGCAACUAAAAGAAAAAACACUUAUAGUUAUUGAUGAACAUAAAAUACUUUUUGAGCCUGAUCCUCCAAUACCUCAUAAACAAAUACGACUUAAUCCCCUAAUGCAUCUAAACGCGUGGAAUCAAGAAAGGAAAGGUUGCCGUGUGGUAGUGACAGGCACAGCUCAUGCAAAAUUUGAGCAAGUUUACCUUAAAGAUGGUAUGACGAAUUGGAUAAUCUUUGUAUCUCCGUUAUCCUCCGUUAUUUUUAAUAAGCUGUUAAGCAUGAACAACGUUCUAUCAAGUACAAAAAUAAUCAGAGAUAAAGUAACGGAAAUUACCAAUCGUGUUCCAAGAGAGCUCAUGAAGCUUUCAAAUGGGCUUAACGAUAAUUGUGGUAAUUCCAAGAAUAUUGACACUAGUAAGAUUAUCAACUUCUUAAUUCAAUUCGAGCAAGAUAGAAACCUUGAUUUCUUUAAUGUUGCACAGAAUUAUUACACACACCAUCUUAAUCUGACCCAACGAUAUUCUACACGACAUGCCCUUGCAUCAAUGUUCUUACCACGAAAAGAAGGUGAUAUUGAUCGUGAUCGUAAAGGAUUUGAUCAUUGGUUUGUUGAUCUUGGGCUCGUAUAUAGAAUCAAAUUUCGAGGCCGUGUUCAACAUCAUCCUUUGUGCCCUGCGGCUAAAAAUGCUCUUCUUCAAUUAUAUAAGUCAAUACCACUUCCUCAACAUAAAUCUAUGUGCGUCAAGGAUGGUAAUAUGACUGUCAAAAUCAAUCAGAAAAAUCAAAUUGAAAAUUAUUUGGAUAAUGCGUAUGGUGGUAAUCAUCAAGCUUAUAUUGACUCAUCAACUAAGAAAUUCAUAGUCACUCGUAAUGGUCAAAAAGUGCAUGACUUUCAUAUUGUUUACAUUUGCGGUAAGUUGGGCAAUCCUAAUCAUACAGGCAAAGUUAAGGACUUUCCCGAUAUAUUACAUAUCAAUUUAGAUGAGCUUAAUCAGAAAUUAUUUGGUGAUUUGUUGUUGGAUUAA